UCCGACAGCACGUGAAAGCAUCACCAGUGAGCUGCAUUUGACACUUCUAGCCUGACACAAGCUAAUGUUCAGCAUGUCUGAGAAGGAGCUGGGGAAAAAGUGGGACCGGUGCUUGGCAGACGGUGCCAUUAAACUUGGUACUGGACUGGGGCUGGGAAUCGUGUUUUCCGUUCUGUUCUUCAAACGGCACACGUGGCCGAUUUCAUUCGGCUCGGGAGCGGGACUUGGCAUGGCAUACGCCAACUGUCAGAAUGACCUGAGGUCACAUUAUUUUCAGCAGAGAAGUGAAAAGGUUUGAGCAAUAGCUGCGAGUCACCGAGGGACUGUCGUCUUUAUUCUUUUGAGUCUGUUCAUUUUAAUUUUUUUUUUUUUCUGCGGGGGAGUCUCCAUUUGCACUGUUCUACAGUUAGACCUUUACGUCACUGCUGAACGAUCCAUCCCUAGUAUGACUCUGUAUGAUGUAUAUGUGCCUGAUCAGGACAGUCUGUGUUUAUUUAAUAAAAUGAUCAUAAGAACAAAAACGA